UUCUAGUCGCCAUAUUCUGACCUCAUUCCUUUUUCGUGCAUGGCAACGAGCACACCUUCGCAAAGAUGCCGAAGCCUAAGCGUAGUGUUCGUGAAAAAAUUGAACGAUACAAGAGGAAACUUCAAGAUUUAGAAGUUAGAAGUGACGUUAGAAAGAAACGUCGUAGACAUCAAUCCGUGUUAUCUUCAAACGAGUCGGAUGUCAGUGAACAAGGUGAACAUCACCUACAAAACCUAGACCAAGGUCUAGAGGUUGAAAAUAUGGAUUACGAUCCUGGCGUUUAUGAAGAAGGGACUCCUCCAGAGGAAGAGCCCGCCCCGGCCGUGCCCGCCGAAACGGCCGCGCCAGCGGACCCGGCCGCGCCGGUGCCUGACCAAGUCGACGCGCCCGCGCAGCCCGCGCCGCCGGCCACUGAGGGCUCCGAUCAGCCGCCCCUUGACCCUACGCUGCUUGCAGCGCUCGGUGAAUCUACCUCCGAAACGCCUGACUACGGAACAAGCGUUCAUGAUAGUCUCGCCAAUUUAUGGCUACCUAUUUUAAAGAAAGGUUUGGCGAAAGACAAUAAGGAUACACUCCUUAAGGAACAUCUAGUUCCUAUUAACUGUAAAUUAUUACAAGCGCCCAAGCUUAACGCCGAGAUAGCGGCCGCUGUAACAGAGGUAGUACGUGGACGGGACAAAAAAUAUGUCGCCGUACAACAACAACUCGGUCAAGGCAUAGCAGCUGUCAGUCGAGCCAUGGAUGUCCUUUUGAAGACUGAGAACAAAGUUGAAGCCCUCAAAUAUUUGAGUGAUGGAUGUCGCAUAAUUUCUUUACAAAGGACCGAAUAA